AUGACGACUAAUUCCACAACUAAUAGUAGUAAUUUGAGUAUGAAGCUUCUGAUAGACACAAAGAAUAAGAAAGUGCUGUUUGCAGAAGCCUCUAAGGAAGUGGUGGACUUCCUCUUCACCUUGCUUCAGUUGCCACUUGCUACCGUCAUCAAGCUUUUAACCAAGGAAGCCGUGGUUGGUUGCUUGGGAAAUCUUUAUUCCAGUGUUGAAAACCUCAACCAUGUUUACUGGCAACCAAACCUAUCUAAGGAUGUUAUCCUUAAUCCAACCAUUCUUACCUCUUCACCUGCUAUCUCCGGCCUCCUCCCUUCGGCUGCUAUAAACCACUCCCAGAUAACUCCAAGCAGUUUCGGUUGCGGUUGCCGUAGCAGCACUGUAACAAGCGCGUACAAUUCUAGUUUUUUUUGUGACUUAAAAACAAAAAACUGCUUAAGAAAGGCAGUCCCGUUGAAUACUAGUCUCAGUGCGUACAAUUCUAGGUGUGACUCGUGUAGUAGUGGGCGUAUGACGAGGGAAGUGAAUUCCACGGCCACGGCGGCAUCUAAUGACAGCAAUAAUAAUGGGUUUGUGAAAGAAGUAAUAACAUACAUGAUCAUGGAUAAUCUUCUCAUUCAGCCCAUGUCAACCAUAUCUGGCAUCACCAUACUUAAUCAGUUCAAUGUCAAGGAUGUUGCUGUCUUGAAAGAAACCGUUGUUCAACUUGGCAUGGAAGAGGGCUUAAAGCUACUCAAGGCAUCCAUAGAGUCCGAGAUGGUUCUCACAACCGUUUUCUUAGCUUGA